AUGUCUGACGGAGGGCACACAGAGCCUUCGGAGGGAGGCUUACGCAUGCCAUCUGACGCCGUUGCCACCGGUAGCAGCCACGAUUCCUGCGCAGCGGUGAAUCGUCUGCUGUCAGACGAGAUCAUCUUGCGCAUAUGGCAGUAUCUAGGUGCUGCCGAGCUGGCUCGUCUCCAGUGCGUUUGCCGUAGGUUCAACAGCUUGGCUGCAGACCCGCAGAUCUGGAAAGUCCUAUACCUGGAUACAUUCGUUGGAGACUGGAUACGACUGCAACGGCAGCUUGACCCGACCUUACCGCGAAUGUUUGGUAAACCGGACCCGCAACGGCUCCUUCUUUCACUGCGUAAGCAAGGUGGCUCCUCAAGAGCGUACUGGGGCCUCCCUGAGCAAUAUUACAUUCGGGACACACAAAGAAUUGGCGACGAUGACAUUCACGCUCGCCGUCUCCGGCAGAGAAACGACAGGCAUGGCUUGGUUUACAGCGCCUCAUCCAGAGAUGGCCUACGCGAGGAGAACUUCGACUGGCAAGCCCUCUUUCGCGUCAGCUCCAACUGGCGGAAAGGUCGAUUUGCCUUUUCGGAACUUUCAGAUGCCACAGAGCAGGAUGUACCCCCUGCUGCAGCAGAGCCAUCGUCGCGAGCACAGCAGCCCCCGAAGCUUGCAUCCUGCGCCGUACCAGCUCCCGGCACAGCAACUGGCAGCUGCUCUGGUGGACCCAACGUUGCAUCCAAUAGAGAAGCGAGUGCUCCAGCUGAGGCGACGACCCUGAUUGCCUCGGCUGGCAACCUUAUCUUCACGGCUACACGGCUCCCCUAUGAAGAUCCAGAACAUUCUGCACAUGGUAUGGACUCGGCGCCCUGUGUCAAGGUGUACCGUACUCCGGUGCAGUCCGCGACGCUUCGAUCAACGGCUGCUGCGUCUUCUCAAGAUCUGGCUCCCACAUCCCCUGCCCUCGAAGUGAGAUCAAAGGCUCUGAGAGCGGCUAUCAGUUCGAGGAAAGUAGGCAUGCCUACCAUCACAGACGUCCAGGCUGAUACAGCGUCCAGCUCGGCGAAGAUCCGCUUGUUCGUGGCCUAUUCCUCAGGAGAUUGGUCCGUAUUCUGCUUGAGUACAGAGCCGUGGACCGCCAUCACGGCGACUGAAGAGGUCUUCUGCGAAAGGUCGUCGCCUACAUCUCCACAAAGCUCCGUAAUGUCCUCCUUCCACUACCCGAUAUUGGCAACCUGCACAGAAGACUUUGACAUAUCUAUUUUCAAGCUGAGCGACUACAAGACACCUGCUUCUACCGAAAAGAAGAUAUCGGUUACGCUACUUCGCAGAAUGAAGGGGCCUAAUUGUCACUGGCCUGCGAGCAUGUCUCUCGCAAGUAUCGCGGUUGCGCAUAGUGAAGCAGUCACGUCUGGUCAGAAGAUAGGCGACAGGAAGAGGAAGCGCACGUCUUCCCCGACGCGUUCUGACACAAAUUCCACACCAGGCGCGUACCCUUCUAGCACCUUUGCUGGCCUGAAGGAAGCAAGAAAACGACGACGAUUGUGCGACGCACAGAUGCCUUUGCAGAGUGAAGUGUCUUCGGACAUCUGUGUGGAAGUGUCAAACCCGACACAGGCCAUCAGAUUGGACAUUGCUUAUUCUAGCCCCUGCUACCCAAACAAUUGGUCGAUUUCCAUACAAGAAAUCGUCAUCGUCUUAGACGGACUCGAUAUGGGAGGCAGUGCCUCAAUCACUAGCCGAUACGCUACAGCUCGUCCACGCUCGACGGGGCAGCUGCCUCGACCGGACGUGUCCCACGGCGACGCUUCCUUCGGAGAGCACCAAGAAGAUGACGCUAGAGUACCUUUAACAGGACCUGAGCGACCACAGCGCAGCCCUAGUCAGGCAGGCACACAGCGGUCCAUCUUCCACUCUACUGCAGGCAUAGGCGGCCGUCCCUCUGGUGACCGACCGGCCCACGGAUCGAGUCGUAUCACAAGCAUUACCAGUGACGAAAGGACUUUGAUAGCUGGCUCAGUGGACAACGUUCUCGAUGUCUACAAGAUCUCUGGUUCUAUGAAGCAAGCUGCUCUGACUUCUUACACUGGCACACCUGGGUCAACCCAGCAGGACCUGACCCUGGAGCAUCGCCAAGUGCUCCAUGGUCACGGCGCCUCUGUCAGCUCAGUGGCGCUGACUGGCAAUCGAAUUGUGAGCGGGAGCACCGACGGCAACAUCAUGGUCUGGACCCUCGAACAGAGCUCCGAUCUGGUCUCUUCGAGGUCCCACGCCAUAACAUUGCGCACGCCAUCGCCCCUUCCUACCACUCCCUCUUCAAAGACGGAUGAUGCGCUACCAGGGACGCUCUAUCGCCUUUUGGGGCGGGCGAGAGCAGCGCACUUACAGCGCACGCUGUGCCUUUCUAAAUCAGGUACUUCUGCAGCCCAGCAGGCCAUUUCGCUGACACCGAGGCGAGUCAAGCGGGUCACUACGACGUUCGAUCGCAUCUUAAGUGUCACCGGCGCCGCCCAGUCAGAUCUUUCUGAGAGGCCUGAAGAAUUCAGCGUGGAGAAGAGUGAGGAUCUUCGGAAGUCGAACCAUCACGGCCGUGGGGAGAAGAUUCAAGUCUGGAGUUUCGCCGGGUGA